AUGGAGGCAGAUUGGGACGAGUUGUCGCGCAUCCCGAUGCCACCACCGAGUGUGCACGGGCUACCUACGAUUGCGACGACGGUAGCGUUUGACGAUGUGAUGGAACUUUUAUGGACGGGUAAUGAAUAUGGUAGAGUGUCGUCUUUCUACGGACCGGAACUGCAGCGGUAUACCUCCGUUCGCGCACACCCUGUCUCCGAAGGCCCGGUGCGGCAGAUAAUCUUUCAUGAACGGGGUGUGAUAUCUUUAUCUUCGAAGAGUGUGCAUAUGAUCACGCGGCGUGGCUUGACACAAUGGCACAUAGCGCACGAGGAGAUGGUUGAUCUCCGCUGCAUGAGCUUUACGGCACAGACGAAUCGGAUUCUGGUAGCGGGUUGUCAACGUGCGAUGUUCACGAUUGAUAUUGACAAGGGUGUCAUCGUUGACAAGUUGCAUACUGAUUCGAAUUAUACUCUCAUGAAAAAGAGCCGGUAUCUUUGCGCGGCUACGGAUACGGGGUCUGUGAACGCGAUUAGUUUGACGGAUUUCAAGGUCGUCAAGUCGUGGAAGGCUCAUGGUACUGCUGUCAAUGAUAUGGAUGCGCGGAAUGACUUGCUUGUCACUUGUGGCUUUUCGGUCCGCCAUCUGGGGUCUCCGAUUGUUGACCCACUGGCAAAUGUGUAUGAUCUGAAGACCCUGUCACCGCUGCCUCCUAUACCGUUCCAUGCGGGCGCAGCAUAUGUGCGGAUGCAUCCAAAGCUACACACGACGAGUUUUGUGGCUUCGCAAACUGGUCAGCUCCAGGUGGUGGAUUUGAUGAAUCCAAAUGCCAUCAAUCUACGACAAGCCAAUGUUUCUUUCAUGAUGGGCCUUGACCUUUCACCAUCGGGUGAGGCGCUUGCUAUCAAUGAUGCGGAAUGCUCUAUUCAUCUCUGGGGCUCUCCUAACAAGGUUCACUUCAAUGAGAUGAGCAAAGAGAUUGAAUUCGCCGACGUACCUGCCCGACCACCUCCCAUCGACUGGUCCCCCGAAACCCCCUUGAACAUGGUUGGUAUGCCAUACUACCACGACCGCCUCUUCUCAGCAUGGCCUAGCCAUUUCGUUUUCGAAGUCGGCAGUCCACCGCCUCAAUUGGAUCAGUCUCUCCUUCCAUAUCUACGCCCGGCUGAAGUCGGGCACGGAGCACCCAAUCCUCGAAAGACCCGCCGCUAUCAAGUCGAGAAUACCCGUGCACUAGCUGCAGCCGAGCCCGCUCUCAUUGCACCCAAGUUCCUGAGUGAGAAGGCUCGGGAUCAAGGCAAGUCGGACUUGAAGGGCUCUGUUAGUGACACGGCGGAAGCAUUGGCAGGCGCAAAGAUUAAUGGCGAGAGUGACGAUGAUCCCCUCCUUAAGUAUAGCAAUGUCGAGAUCAAGUAUAGUCGAUUCGGUGUCGACGAUUUCGACUUCCGCUUUUACAACCAGACCACUUUCUCUGGUCUGGAAACUCACAUCGCAAACUCCUUCACGAAUUCCCUCCUCCAACUCCUCAAGUUUAUUCCUCUCUUCCGGAAUCUUGCUCUGACACAUGCUGCGGGCUCCUGCAUCUUUGAGCACUGUCUUCUGUGCGAACUGGGAUAUUUGUUCGACAUGUUGGAGAAAGCCAAUGGCCAGAAUUGCCAGGCUACCAACUUGUUGAAAACAUUCAGCAGUUUCCGCGAGGCUUCUAAUCUGGGUCUCCUAGAAGAGAACCUCACCAAUAAAUCCCUUUCGACUGCGAUUCAAGCCGUGAACCGCUUCUUCCUGACACAGAUUGCCCAUGAUUUCCGCAUGAUCCAGCCCAGCUCUGAAGAACUUGACCAGCGCCUUGCCACCAUUGCGUCGGAGUCUAUUCGUUGCAUGUUCUGCCAGAAUGAGACCGUACGCCCGGGCAACUCUCUUGCAAACGAGCUUCUCUAUCCUAACUUGGAUAUCAAACAUGCUCGGCGCAAUCCGGCGUUCAGAUUCUCGAGCAUUCUGCGUGCCAGUAUCGAGCGUGAAACGCAGAACCGUGGAUGGUGCAACUACUGCCGCCGCUACCAGCAAGUCAUGAUUCGCAAGACUGUGCACCGGAUGCCUCUCAUCCUUGUGCUGAAUGCGGCCUUGACAAAUCCAAUUUGCCGUCGCCUGUGGUCCAUUCCUGGAUGGCUGCCGGACGCCGUCGGUGUCGUGAUCGAUAACGGACAAGUGAUGUGUUUCGAGGGCGAUGAGCUUCGGGCACGAGAACAGAGCAAUACUCCCGGCCUUGUGGUGUAUGAUCUGGUGGGCCUGGUGGCGGAGAUUGAUAUUCCAGAGCAUCAGAAACCGCAUCUGGUCUCAUUUAUCAAUGUUUCUAUUUCGGAGCCGGAAACCCAGGAACCCAAGGAUAAGUGGCAUCUUUUCAACGAUUUCUUGGUUACUGAAGUCGAUCGCGAUGAAGCCCUUCGCUUUACCCAGCCGUGGAAGCAGCCCUGUGUCUUGGCUUUCCAAGUGAGGAGUGCGCGCCAUGGUGUCGACGACUCUUGGAAGAGCUGCUUGGAUACCACUCUGCUUUUCCGCGAGUGGUCUUUGAAUGGUGGCCAUCAAGUCGAAUCCUGUCGCACACUGACCGAGGAAGAGAAACCACAAACUGGCACGCCCGUGGCCCUCGAUACCGAAUUCGUGGACCUUGAAAAGGCCGAGAUUGAUGUCAAGGCAGACGGAUCACAAGAGAUCGUGCGGCCCAACAAGAGUGGCCUGGCCCGUGUAUCAGUCUUGCGGGCCUCGGGUGUGGAUGAGGGCGUGCCUUUUAUCGACGACUACAUCACUAUCCGCGAGCCGAUCGUCGACUAUGUCACCCAAUACUCCGGUAUCAAACCUGGUGAUCUCGACCCGCGAACCAGCGAGCAUAACCUCGUUCCCCUCAAGGCAGCAUAUAAGAAGCUCUGGCUCCUGCUAAACCUGGGAUGUAUCUUUGUCGGCCACGGCUUGGCCUCGGACUUCCGCAAGAUCAACAUUCAAGUGCCCAAGUCCCAGACCGUGGACACACAAUAUCUCUUCUUCCACCCUAGCAAGAACCGUCGUCUCAGUCUACGGUACUUGGCUUGGGCCGUGUUCAAAGAAUACAUUCAAGAAGAACCGACCUCCGACGUGAUUCAAGGCCACGACUCCAUCGAGGACGCCCGCAUGGCUAUGCGCCUGUGGAAGAAGUUCCAAGAAUACGAAGACGCCGGUAUCGUCGCGCACAUGCUCGAAGAGAUCUUCCGCGAAGGAUCGAAGCAUGGAUUCCGACCCCCUCCCAAGAACGGUGGCGGUAGCGCGGCCGCUGUUCUCUCACGCCCUGGCACGGCCGUGGCGCUGUCGAAUAACAGCGGUCGCAAUACACCCAGCACCCCCGACGCAGCUGGAGCAUCUGCCGCAUCUGCCGCGACAUCGGCACCAGUGAAUACGGCCACUCCAUCAGCUGGACCUACCAGCGCUCCUACUACACCCCGCCAGGCAUUCCGGCGCUCGAUCGCCCUGACUCCUAGCAACGGCAGCUUCUCUGGGCCCGGCGCGGGCGACUUUUUCGGCGGCAGUCCACUGCGAUGA